AUGAAUGACUCAGGCGAUUACAUACCUGACGACGAGUCUCAGAUGUCUGAGUAUGAGAAGUUCAACUCAGAGUUCCUCCCUGAUUCAGAGGAAGAGGCAAACUCGGCCUCUGGUGCAGAGGUUUGGUCAAAGGAGCCUCGAAAGGAUGGUUCCCGAGGUGCUCUACCUGGAGAAGCUGCACAAUCAAUCAUUGCAUCUGCUGAUAGGGAACGGCUCCUCGCCAAGCAAUCUUUGAUUGCCCUGACCUUUCGUGCAACGUUCCGCAGCCAGCAGAAAAACCACGAUCUUCCAGAUUCAGUCCCAACUGUAAACGAGAGUGUGCAAUUGAUCUACGUCGCUCCGGCAUAUUCGAGGGCGUGGAUCAGGUGA